UUAAAUUUGAAUAGAAUUUAAAUCUAAUUUUUAGCUUAAAAUUUUCAUUUGGUUAUUUUUAAACCUGCAUUGAAUUAAAAGAUUAAACUUUGUGCUUUUUGAGUAUAGAGAUAUACACAUAGUACACAAAUAGAUACAUACUAUAUCUGUGUUAUUAAAUUUUCACAGUGGGUUCAAUUAGGAAAAAAAUAUUUUAAAAGUCUCUGGGAACAAGAUGGGGGAGGCAAUAAUGAAAAACCAAAUGGUUGAGAAACACUGCUCUCAACUCAUGUAAAGAGUGCAUGAAGGAAAGCAAAAACAGAAAUGGAAAGUGGCCCAGGAGCAUUAAGAAAGUGGAAAUCAGUAUGUUCCCUAUUUAAGUCAUCGGCUCGAAGCAAGGCCUUCAGAAAACCUAGAGCCCAAGGUUCAGAGUCACCCAUCUCAGCAAGCCCAGAAGCAUCUGCAAUAUCUACGAUGGCAUUGCCCUUUGCUUUACUGAUGGCCCUGGUGGUGCUCAGCUGCAAGUCAAGCUGCUCUCUGGGCUGUGAUCUGCCUGAGACCCACAGCCUGGAUAACAGAAGGACCAUGAUGCUCCUGAAACAAAUGAGCAGAAUCUCUCCUUCCUCCUGUCUGAUGGACAGACAUGACUUUGGAUUUCCCCAGCAGGAGUUUGAUGGCAACCAGUUCCAGAAGGCUCCAGCCAUCUCCGUCCUCCAUGAGCUGAUCCAGCAGACCUUCAACCUCUUUACCACAAAAGACUCAUCUGCUGCUUGGGAUGAGGACCUCCUAGACAAAUUCUGCGCUGAACUCUACCAGCAGCUGAAUGACUUGGAAGCCUGUGUCAUGCAGCAGGAGAGGGUGGGAGAAACUCCCCUGAUGAAUGCGGACUCCACCUUGGCUGUGAAGAAAUACUUCCGAAGAAUCACUCUCUAUCUGACAGAGAAGAAAUACAGCCCUUGUGCCUGGGAGGUUAUCAGAGCAGAAAUCAUGAGAUCCUUCUCUUUAUCAACAAACUUGCAAGAAAGAUUAAGGAGGAAGGAAUAACACCUGGUCCAACAUGAAAACAAUUCUUAUUGACUCAUACACCAGCUCACACUUUCAUGAAUUCUGCCAUUUCAAAGACUCUCACUCCUGCUAUAACUAUGAUCAUGCUGAUAAAUUGAUUUAUCUAUUUAAAUAUUUAUUUAACUAUUUAUAAGAUUUAAAUUAUUUUUGUUCGUAUAACGUCAGGUGCACGUUUACACUGUGGCUAGUGUAAUAAAACAUUUUCCUUGUAUCUACUCAAUUCUUUAUUUUAUGUUGUUCAUUAAACUUUUACUAUAGGAACUUCUUGUAUGUGUUCAUCCUUUAACAUGAAAUUCUUAUCCUGACUGCAACCUGAUUAGAGAAU